UCAAAUGGGUAGAGCAUCCAGCUGUGAAACUUUGAAAUUCGAAACUUGCGCGCUACGAUUUCAAAAGUGAAAAAGUUUUCACUACAAACACUGAGUACURUUAGGUUGAUUAGAGAUUCACCGAGAAAACUCGACUAUUGGCCUCCUUGAAAAUGAAUAACAGCAUACUGAAUGGAACCGAUGCAACAGAAUGUUUAAUGCCAAUGGGGCAUGGAGUUGUUAUGAUUAUAUUAAACGUCAUCUCCAGUAUUUUUGGCAGCAUUGGAAACUCACUGGUUUGCGCCACGAUUUACACCACAACUGGGCUACAAACUGUGUCCAAUUACUUUCUGGUAAGUCUUGCUGUUGCUGAUCUGAUGGUGACCGUGGUUGCACAGCCUCUUCUUGUAGCGUUUCUUGGUGGGAGCCUCGGAGGAUCGUGUCUCGAGAUCAUCGAGUUACUGUUUCGACUUGCAGCGAAUAUUUCGUGCUCCGCGUCAGUUCUUCAUCUAUGUUUCAUAAGCGUUGAUAGAUGUCUGAUGGUAACGAGGCCUCACACGUUUAGUAGUAUCAUGACCAAGAUGCGAUCCAGGAUCAUGCUGCUGAUAUCAUGGAUCCUACCCAUUGUGUAUGGAGUCCUUCGCCUGACAGUCAGCAAGAAAGCCACGUCUAUGUUCACCGUAGUCAUGAUGGCGAUUUGUUUCGUCGUCAUUGUUGUAAGCUACUCGUUAAUCAUUUUCCAAGUCAGGAAGCAACGCAAGCUCAUGCAGUCACGCACCGAGCGUUACACCGUGACGAGUAACAAAAGAAAACGCGAGGAGAUCGAAAGGCGAGUGGCCAUGACGAUUGGCAUUGUCAUAAUCGUUUUCAUCAUCUGUUGGUUGCCCAUCAUCUUCUUAAGGUCGCGCAGUGCCGGCAACAACGCUGGAACAGCUUAUAACUGGGCUCGCACCCUAGCAUUGUGUAACUCUGCAAUGAACCCCUGGAUCUACUGCUACCGCAUCCCAGAAUUCCGCGCGGCCUACAAACGUGUUCUCAUCCUUUGCAACUGGGGUCAAGUUAAGGGAACUGGUGUUGGCGAAGCAGAGACAACCAUGACAAGCGACUCGGCAAAGUAUCAGCGUGGAUCCAUGRUACAAGAGGAAAAGUCGUCAGGAUCACAUGACCAAGUAAUAAUCAAACCAAAUGAAGAGUCUGCUAACCAGUGAAACAUAAAAUACUUUAAUUAGCACUUUGAUUURUACAUGUCAAUUAUCUGUAGGUAUUUCUUUAUCCUUUUUCCACCAAUACACGCUUAACAAAAGAUCAUACUGCUAUUUAUUGAACUUUGGAGAGCUUUUUAAAGUGGACUGGGGACUGAUGGCCACCAGUAUAGUUUUGAUCGAUUAUAAAAAAUGUACGUGUAGACUAAGCCUUAUAGUCCAAUUGAAAAUAUAGAGUUUCAGACCAAAUAUUUCCUUCACUUCACCACACAAUUAGAGUAUUUCAAUUUUGCACUAUUCCAUGCAAAUGUAUUUAAGGUGAUAACUGAUAAUUAUUACGAUUAGCAUUACACCCAUAAUCAUAAAUCAUAAACUAAUGAUCUACCGCAGCGUUUGGUACCACAUUUGAUGCGACAUGAUGAUAACCUACACAUUGUUUACAAAAGAGCUGACCAGUAAACACACUGAUGUGCGUGAUAAACCGCACGACUUUAUCUCAGCUUGAUUUUUACUUUUAAGAAUACGUACAACCUUGCGUAUUCUUAGUGCCAUUUUUACUCGUUAUGAUAUGAUUAUGAUUAUGAUAAUGUGAAUCAGACUAGUUUUAAUAAGGACAUAUGAUGUCUUUCUAAUCUUUAGAUGAUUCGCUUAAGGUUCUGAGUUUCAGAAAAAGGCCUACAGUGUCGAAGGUAGUGUCUGUACUACUUAGUAGAUAGGUUGUAGAAAAGCAAAACGUCUUGUUAUGGCUCAUGAUUACUAACUAUAUCAUUCGUCUCAUAUCACGGAAUCCAGAGCGUUCCUGGAUUUUAUUUCCAAGCUCCUMGAUUCAGUUUCCAGAGACAAAAGUUUGUCGGAUUCCAGAUUCCGWUACUUAUGAUGGGGCGAUAUCAUUUUAUGAUUUUCAUUAGUUAAUGUUAUUGUUAACGAAAUUUGGAUUUAAUUUUAUUAGGAAUAAUUUCACAAAAUGAUUGUAUCUUGAGAAAUGGUUACAAAUGAACAAAGGAAACUCUA